UCUCGGCGCCUCUUCCGCUGCUCCAGCGUUCGACUGACGCUGGCCAUGCAGCUCACUUUCCGCUCCUCUGACAAUUAAGUAUCGCGAGCAAUCAAGCAAACGCCGUGUCGGAUCCCCACAUCUCCGCGAAUCCCGCGUCAACACCGGGUAUCUCCUCCAUUCGCGUUGUUGUUUUCCCGCACUUCUGCUUGUAGCCGUAUCAAUACUACCUCCUCAAAUCUUUCACUUGUUAGCUAAUCGACGGCUAGGGUGCUGCGAGGACCGUCGCCUGCUUUAGACGGCUACAGUGGACUUCGUUACAUUAAGCUUUUUCGAUACGACCUCGCUGUAGAGCUCUUCCGAUAUAGUCGUCUCGCUGUAGAGGUCUUCGCUAAGGCGUUUCAAAGCCUGUCAGGAUGGUGGGCGGGCCGGUGGUGAACAUAUACCCGUUAGAGAACUACUCGUUUGGCGUUAAGGAGCCCAAGAUCGAGAAGGACACGUCAGUGGCGGACCGACUAGCGCGCAUGAAGCACAACUAUCUGAAGGAGGGCAUGAGAACGAGUGUGGAGGGCAUUAUUCUGGUGCACCACCACAAUCACCCGCACAUUCUGCUGCUGCAAAUUGGGAAUUCGUUCUUCAAGCUGCCCGGGGGCAGGCUAAAACCUGGGGAAGACGAGGUGGAGGGGCUAAGGCGCAAAUUGACCAGCAAGCUGGGCCCCUCGGUUUCGAUUCUGCCCGUGCCGGACUGGCAGGUGGGGGAGUGCAGUGCGGUGUGGUGGCGGCCCAACUUUGAGACUCUCAUGUACCCCUACUGCCCUCCGCACAUCACAAAACCCAAGGAGAUGAAGAAGCUCUUUGUGGUUCCCCUCACCGAGCGCCAGUACUUUGGCGUUCCCAAGAAUCUCAAGCUGCUGGCGGUGCCUCUAUUGGAGCUAUAUGACAACGUGCAGCGCUACGGCCCGGUUAUCUCGGCCAUUCCGUUGCAGCUGUCAAGAUUCACUUUCAACCUUAUCCACGACUCGUGAUGACUCAGCCGUGACUCAGCAAUGGCCCGUGGUGACUUCGAUAUGCCGUGGUGACACUAGAUCUCAUCAAUCCGAGACUCAUGUCCUGUCCUGCUCUCCUUUGUUCUAAUAUUUCGCACUGAGACCUUUCAGCUCCCCUGUGUUAACGUAGAAACGAAUGAUUACUAGAGGUGGAAACCUAGAACAAAUACUAGUUGGUUGUACUCACUAGAAGCAUACCUCAGUCUAGCCU